GUGACUUCCCAUCUGGGUUACUCCGCCAUAUUAUUAGUGCGUUUGCGGGCUUGGGUGUCAGUUAAAUUUUCGUGCUCAGCUGCGAAGCGCUAGUGUUUCCAAAUUCGUACUUUAGUGCACUGUUUAGGUUGCUGAUCAUGGGUGUAAUUAAAAAUCUAGCGUGUCUCCCUGAUCCAUUUGCGGAUCCCGUCGAGGACGCCUUUGAUCAGUUCAUUGCUGAUGUGGAACAAGGGCAGCCUCUACAGAUUCUUGAAGUGGUAGCUGCCGCCGAGAGGUCGCCUCGGCAACGCAAGAACCGACAGCGCACCAACAGCACACGUGUGGACGUUGUGGGGCUGACUUCACGGGGGAAACACAAGUCUGGGAGCAAGAAGUGCCGAAGGCUCGAAAAUGCCCACUACCUGCAGAGUCUGGCUGAGCCGGAGGAUGUGGCCGAGGUGUCCAUCUACGACUUCGUCCACGAGUCGGUCUCGGCUUUCGCUCAACUCCUGUGCGAAAGGGAGAACAUGCAGGUGUGGAAUGACUUCAUCAGUUGCAGUGAAGAGGAACAGCAACGCAUUGUAGACGAAGGUUGCGGUAAUGAAGAAAUGCAAGAAAGUUCGGAGGCAGAGGGAGCUGACAAGCGGGGAGAUCACCCUGCCUUUUCUGCGGAGGAGAGCUUCCACAGAUUGGACAGCGACCUGCGAAAGUUACUGCGGAAGCAGAAGAUUCCGCUGGGAAAGCUGUCCCAGCUGGAGGAAGAAGUGUCGGGAUUCUUCAAGUCCCAUCCCAGGUCUGAGUACCGCAACAGCCUCUGCAGCAGCUUUGAGCGGCUCAUGAUGCAUGCGCUGUGCCAAUACAUGAAUCUCAUAUCGAAAAGCUAUGAUGCGGAUGGUGUGCGGUGGACCAAAGUCUGGAACCGAAGGCCCGUGUUUGUUCCGCCGGCCGUCAUGCUGUCGUCCUACCUGGAGUGCCGUUGUGCGCGUCACGUUCGCAGGCAGUCAUCUUAACGUCAGCUGCAUCGAGUAAAAAAUCUAACGUGCUGCUGAGUAUACGAAUGAUAAGAAUAAGGGAAUCAAAAUUUCCUUUUUAAUAUCGACGAAGGUUGAUCUGUCCAAUUUGUGGCACAGUCACUGGCGCCACUGCACUGCUUAGCUAUGCGGCAAUAAACGUAGGGUACCUUGCACUGUAUCCUAAGCUUGAGGAAAUUGGACAUUGAAAUAUGUUUUAAAAUUAUGACUUUGGAAGAUCAACAUUUAUGUUCAGUGUAAUUAUGAUAACGUUAUGUUUGUAAAUAUUACGUUUUUUUCUUCCGUUCGUUGCAUGAACGAAAUGAGCUCAUGCUUGUUAGUCCUUCAAACUGAUCUCCAGAGGUGAUCGCAUUAGGAUGUGCGUAGUCCCUGGUUUAUCAUUCUGUUCAUUCAAUGACGUAGAAUCUGUUAGUUUUAGCUUUAUUUUGUCAUGCAGGGUCUUGCAUGUGAAAGUGUACAUAAGAAGAGUGGAUUGUUAUGUUUGCAGAAUUUUAUUUUGAUCUUGAUUUAGCUGCACCUUUUUAGUCAUUAGCUUCAUGAAGAGAAGUGUGCUUUUACGAUACCUUUUUAAUAUAUAAAUAUGGACACUGACGUAAUGUGUCCUCACACUGUUUUGUGGUGAUGGGUACUUCACAUUGUAAAUGCCUCUAAAGAAAAAAAGAAUGGAGAUGAAUAAAAAUGAAAUGGAA